AUGACGAGCGUCACGUCAACUUCGAACCAACUUUCGUUCUGUGGCAAGAUCAUCACAUUUAAUCACGUCGUAAGGGAAAACAAGGCCAGCGAGGUAACGUUCUGUGACUUUUCUUUCCAGCCGGAGCAUGAGGUGUUUAUGAAAGCAUCACAAGGAUCUGCUGUCAUCCUCCACAAAAGUGCCGCCCGCGUGGACGCUUUUAUCAAAUCAAAAAGCGUCGUUUGUGUUCAAAGUAGGACCUCUACACCGUGUGUGCUUGUCUCGAAAAAGAACAAGAAGUCAGAUUUUUUUCUAUAUAAAACUUUCAUUCUGAGCGACUCAAACCAGCUGAAGCCCAGCAUUGAGUUCUCACUCCCUCACCGCUUGAGUGGGGAUGUUUGUAUCCUUCAGGGUCCAACUGUGCUGUGGACACAUGGUGAUGCUGUGUUUCAUGCGUCAAGUAGGUCAGGUGAGGUCAAACAAGUACCUCUCCAGUUAUCCCACUGUCUUAUUGGUGAGCUCCCGCUAGUUAAGAGACAAGUGUUCAUACUGGGACAGCAACAGGGCUCAAGUAAACAAACAGUGGCCUACUUGCUUGGGAGCGGUCGCACUGUGGACGGUUCUCAGAUUUUACCUCAUCCUUACAUUGGCAUCACACAGUGCAUCAAUGUUCUGUCUGCGUGCAUAGCAGGCGACGUUCUGCGGUGCACUGUGGUUGCAGCCACUGCCAAUCGGCAACUUGUUUACUUGGAGAAUGGCGUGGUGGAACACACGUGCACACUCCCAUAUGAAAGUCCUGAAGCUAUACAAGUGGUCGACACAGGAAGAAAUGGAGUCAUCUUUGUCGUAGCUUUCGCCCAUGGCAACGCCUGUGCUGUGUGGAAGGAUACAUUUCAAAUCGCCACCCAGUGGUCAAAAGUGAGUUCUGUUCACGUGGAUGACUAUCUCCGAUGCGGCACAGAACAGAUAUUGUUGGUUUUUCACGAUGACCGUGUAUCGGGACAGUUGCUGGAUCAUUUCCUCAUCACGGACCUUUGCGGAAUCUCCUAUUCUCGUGGCGAGCAUUGCAGUGCAGCUGCAAAAAUGUCCCCUCCACCAGAGAACCACCUCACAAUGAAAGCUUUGGAGUCCAGACUGCAGAGUGGACUCAGCGCGCUGCAGGAGCUCCAAGGGGAAGUGAAAGUGAAGGACAAAGUUUUGCGGCAGUCAGUGCAAGUGCUUAUUGGCGUGGUUCAACAUCGAAAACCUAAUAUCACAACGCCUGAGCAGGAAGGACUCGUCGCUCUUUGGGAGAGUGAUGACGAGUCAAAGGAAGAGGCCACCGAUGACGAGACCAGAGUCAUGCCAACGGUGCUCUGCGGACCUCACAUUGACAAGUUUUGGCAUCGCGUCUCGGACGGACGAAUGGUCGUGGGAGUGAUACUCGCUGCCGACAGCUCAGUACCAGCAAUGGGUUCGAGCUUAUCCAUGGUGACACAGGCAAGCCACGGCUCGGCGCCCGCAGUCAUCCGGUCCCAAAGCCGUGUGUCGUGGCUCCCCCCACUCGGCGCCUCCGCCUUCCUGGAGCCGGCAGCCAAAAGAAGCAAGAGGCACCACGCGGGCGGCCUGAAUGAUCUCAACACGGCCAGACUCGCCGUGACUGCCGUGACCGAGCUGGCGCCUCUGUUGAACUCUGCCUGCGUCAAGUGCAAUGUCAUGCUCCAUUACACCCCGAGACAGGACAAUACAGCACUCGCCCGUCCACAGCCGAUGGUCCUCCAUUGUGGUCAAGUUAGUGUGGACGUUCACGCUGACUUCAACACCCAACUGUUGAGCAGCCCGGAGCUCAAAACAGAUAUGGCUCUGGAGGACUUGCUGUCUCUGUUGUCGGUGCUGGAUCACUGGACUUUCCGCAUAGAUUCCCCCGAUCACAGUUUGGGUGAUAUUGACGGCUGGCUGCAGAGGAGAGUGGGAUCUAAGAGGGUACAAGUAAGCCCUCAGCAUCAACUAUUCACUUCUCAAGGACUCUCAUCCCUCUCACUGUUGCGCUGGCAUCACAUCAGCCCGUUCCUAGGGGAACUGGCGGUCCACUCCAGCCACUUACAAAUGCUCAAGCUUUUGGACACCCUGCUAGAUUAUCUUCCAUCUUCCUGCUCCAUCCAGCCCAUCCGUGCAAUAAGAGAGAGGUCAUCCGACAUACUCGCUUUAGCUUUGGAGAAAGAAGUGGCAUCACUACGAGAGUUUGUGUCACCGCUACCGCGUGACGAACAGAAGAGCAACAAAAGGGUAAUGGGACCUGAGGAUAACCAUGACCCGGGCACGCCCGAGGGGCUUCAAAGUUGUAGACUAGCCUGGCAACAGGACGUGGAAAGGAGUCUGCAGAAUUUAAACCCACAGUUGGACGUGAGCAGGUACCGCAAGUUUAUCCAAAAGCUGUCUGACGCCCAGCUCGAUGGGGAUUUAGCCGCUCUCGUGGAGACUCAGAUGAAAUAA